AUGUCAACCUCCAAGGCUCCUGCAGCGUUUGAUGCUGGAGAGCCAACGAAGGAUGUGAAGGACUUUGCAACCGACCUACAGGCGGCAAUGAACAAUGCGAUCACUUUCAGUCCAUACAAGAAAACCGGUGUUUUUGCCUUCCACUGGGAAAACGACGAUAUGGGUGUCAGGCCCCUCGAGCAAGAACUCCUCAAGACCUUCCGCGAGCAGUAUGGGUUCUCAGCCACCAGCUACACGGUCCCACUUGUCGACUCCCAAAUCACACUCGCAGACCGCCUUAUCGCGUGGUCCAAGGAUUUUCGUGAAGAGAACACCCUCCGAAUUGUUGUGUACUCGGGACACGCAGCGAAUACUAGUGAAUCAGCUAUCCACUGGAACUUGGCUGGCAAGUGCAAUCUACGGACAGGCAAGCUACAAGGCCUAACUAUCAACUGGUGGGGGGUUGCCAGUAUGAUUGAGAGCGUUCCGGGCCAGAUCUGCUACAUCUUUGAUUGUUGCUCGGCGGGAUCUGGGGCGCUGAAGCACUACGAUGGCGCGGAGUUUGUGGCAGCCUCGGGCUGGGGCCAACAAGCGACUAAGAGCCUUGACCAGUCAUUCACGCAGAUUCUCAUCAACAGACUCCGUGAACUGCAAGGUGAAACCCAGACCUUGGCUCAGAUCUUUGGCUCCAUCUUUCGGAAUGCAUGGUCAAAUGGCGUUGGAGCUUGUCCGGUCCAUAUCCUCAAGCAAGGCAGACCAAGCGUAACCAUCGGCCGCAAUGUUGUCAAGCAACCCCAUACGGGAAUGGUCGAGGACGAUUGUCGCCGUGUCCUACUCAGCGUCAGAGUUCGGGGCGAUUUCCCUGCCGAGGCCAUCCAAUGGAAAGAAUGGCUGGCACACAAUAUCCCACAAAGCGUCGAUUCUGUCGAAGUAAAAAUUGAGGGAGCAUUCGGAGGCAGCACUGUACUGCUAUUCACCUGCCCUACGGAGAUUUGGACAAUGCUGCCCGCCGAUGACCCAUGCUACACUUUCAUUGCCCAUGUCAAAACUCAUAAUUUUCUACUUGAUGAACCAACUGCGAGCUACAUGCUACCCAUGCGCUCCGUCCCUCCGUCUCGGAAAGAGAAUGAAUCUCCGCGGGCCUCUGAGGGCAAGUGA